AUGUCUCUUGACACGCUCUUUUUGGGCCCCAAUAUGAACUACCCAGUACGCCUCGCAUCCGUUGGCUUUUUGCAGAAUCUAAAUACUUUCGAAAGAAAAAGUAUUUCCACCCUAGCCAUCGCCGACAUAAUACGCUUCCGUGCCAACCAUUUUUGGACUGGUGUAGGGUCUUGUAUUGACGGAAUGGCUGGCCUCAAAAAUAUACUCAUCGCACACAGUGUGGCCAACCCUGUCUUCAACCGUUACCAGACGAUCAUGGAUAGGCCCCAGGGUUAUGCAGUGGAGCAGAAGGCGGUCCUUUGUCGCUUAUGGAACUCUAUUGCUGAUGGGAUCAGCUCUACUAAGUUAUACGAGGAGUAUCCUAAAGAGAUUUUCAAAGGUGUAAAUCCCGCAGAACUUGAACUGCAGCUGGAAAUAGUUCAUGGACAGGCUUUGACUGAUCGAAAUUGGAUCGCCCAGAAAACAAGGAGCGUCUGGGUUUAUUAUGGAGACUUGGAUUCUCGACAAAAACAUUGA